UACUAAAGAGUGUGAAUAAUGGCAACACUAUUUUGCUGUCAUAAACUAGUACAUACGAAGUCGAACAUUCGUUUUGGUUUUUGUAUUUUGGUGAAAUUGAAACUUUUAAGUGAAUAAUUUGUAAAAUAUAUGUAGAAACAUGAAUAAAACUAUCCGGAGCAGUGGUAGAAAGGUUAUUCAUAGAGUGUUCUUGCAUUGUUUGGCAGAACAAGAAGCUGGAGAAAUUACUCAUGCAAUUGAUGAUGUUUAUAGACGAACAGCCGAAAUGACAGGUGUUAGUAUAAACACUGUCCGAAAUAUUGAAAAAGAAGGUGCUAGAAAUAAGGGCGUGUUUUCUACACCAGGAAAACAUAGAAAAGGUCGUCCAAAAAAGGUUUUGGACAAUUUUGAUUUGUCAGCCAUAAGACAAAAGGUUCAUUUUUUCUAUGUGGUGAAAAAACAGGUGCCCACUCUUCGUAAUCUGCUACCUGUUAUUAAAGCAGAUUUAAAUUAUGAUGGAAGUCGGGAACACCUGCGAAAAGUAUUACUUUCACUGGGUUUUAAAUAUAAAAAAUGCCAGUCUGAUAGGUCAGCCCUGAUAGAAAAAACUGACAUAGCUCUCAAGAGAGAAAAAUAUCUUAAAAUCAUUUUAGAUAACAGAAAUUUGCCAGAGGAACUGAGAAAAAAUAUUAUAUAUUUAGAUGAGAGCUAUGUUCAUGCCUCAUAUAAAUUAAAAAAAUGCUGGCAGUCAAUGGAUGUUAGUGGAAUAAAAGAAAAUGUGAGCAAAGGCAAGCGGUACAUUAUUGUACAUGCUGGCAGUGAGAAGGGAUUUGUUCCGAAUGCCUUAUUGAUUUUCAGCGGAAAUAAUCAGAAUGAGGACUAUCACUCUGAAAUGAACCAUUACAAUUUUACGAAAUGGGUUAAAGAUAAAUUAAUCCCAAAUCUCACUGAGGCUAGUAUAAUAGUCAUGGACAAUGCGCCCUACCACUCAGUAGUACUAAAUAAGGCACCAACAAGCGCAACUAAAGUUGCCGAAAUUAAAGUAUGGCUUGAAGAUAAUGGCGUGCCGUUUGAGGACUCAUUGCGCAAGCCGGAGCUUUUGACAUUAGUAAAACGCCAUAAACCGGCCCCUCUUUAUGAAAUAGAUGAGAUUUUAGGAGAACAUGGUCACACAGUGGUACGACUUCCACCUUACCAUUGCGAUUUAAACCCAAUUGAAUUAAUUUGGGGGAUCGCUAAGCAUAAAAUUGCAUCAAAUAAUGUGUGCUCAACUGAUAUAAAGAUGGCAUCUCAGCAAGCAUUUGAAAGUAUCUCUGUGGAAAAUUGGGUAAAUUCAUGCAGACAUGUUAUGAAAAUUGAAAAGGAGUAUUUUGAGAGAGGCAGAACUUUAUACACUGAUAUAGAGCAAUUAGUCAUUCCUGUAAAUGAUGACAGCAGCAGUGAAGAGUCAUCAGAAUCCUGUUAUUCUGACAUAGCAGGAACGUCAACCCAAGAUGCUGUCUUCUCAGGUGUAGAAUACGUGGAUGAAUAAUUUGAUUCUGAUUGAAUAAAAUCACUGAUAAUCAA